AUGAAUUUCGGAAACAUUUUCUAUCGCGGACAAUCUACGCCCGCCACUCGCCCGAUGGUGACGGGGGACACUGAUCCGAUUGCCCAUGGACAGGACGGGUACCAGCGCAUUUCGACGCCCGCGGAGCCGAAAACACUCAGGAUCCACGGCGCUGCCAACUGGAACGCCCCGCUCGCCCACUUCGAGGGCUUACAAGCGCUCCGUAUCACGGACAUCCCCCACGACCGCCGUCCCUCCAGCGACCAGCUUCUCCGCAUCCUCGACGCCUGCGCCUCGACCCUCCAAGUCCUCCGGAUCGACGUAUCGCCACCAGAAUUCCCAUCUCUGACGGUCUGGCUCCCGCUCCUACACGACCUCCACCUCGGCUUCGCCUCCGGCACCGCCGCUCUCCGCACCCUCUCGCUCAUAUCAGCCCCCCAUCUCCAAGCGCUGUUCCUCGAAGGCCACCGCGUCGUCCGGCCCGGCGCGCCGCCCGUCGACUCGACGAACGUCUUCGAUCACUUGUACAAGUCCGACAGCAGUUCGGCGUCCGCGUCCUGGUGGACCACCGUCCCGUAUCUGUCCCUGUCCUCGCUCAAAACGCUCCACCUACGCUUCGUGCACUCGGCCCAAACCGAGUUGAUGCUCGUCUUGAUGUCAUGCCUGAGGCUCGAGAACUUUGUCGCGGAGGACUGCUCGGAGGUGAUGACUUCCAACAGCGUCCACUGGAUCAGCAACAACGCUCAAUGGCACGCCGACAGCCCUCGCUGGAGCGUCAAUAAUAGCACUCACUGGAACGCCAACAGCGUCUACUGGAACGCGCUCGAUACCUUCCGCGGGCUCCGCGAGCUGAAAAUUACCGGGCUUUACGAAGAGGAGAUGCCCUCCGGCGACCAGCUGAUCGGCGUCCUAUCCGCCUGCUCCGACACGCUCGAGGUCCUUCGACUCGACGGCGACCUCUCGCGCGCCGAGCGCGCGCCCCGCACGGUCCUCCUCCCUCGCCUGCGACACCUCAGGAUCGGCUACUCGUCCGACAUCCAAGCGCUGCGGUUCAUCUCGCUCUUCGCCGCCCCGCAUGUCCAGACUCUAGUUCUCGAGGGCCUCGAAGCCGACCGGCAAGUCAAUUCCACGGCCGUGUUCGAAGCCCUCUUGGGCGCCCAGGCGGUGCGGGGGGAGACACAGAUCAACGGGGAGCCCAAGCCGUACGUGGGUUUCUCCUCGCUCAAAACGCUCCACCUGCGUUCCGUGCACGCGAGCGAGUUCUACGUCAACGCCAUCCUGGCACAAUCCCACAGGCUCGAGCUCAAUGGAUUCAUCGUGGACGGCCAGUGCUCGGACACGGUCAAAUGGGCCUGGACCAAGAGACAGACUAAGGAAAAGGAGAGGGAAAAAGCGGAGCAAUUGCGUGCGGGUUAUUUGUAA